UCCGAGGAGCACAGAGCAAAAGAGAGGGAGGUGGAAAAGAGGAUACCAGGGAGAGAGAAAGAGACAGAAAGAGAGAGAGGGGGGAGACAGGGACAACACCUCAUCAAGGAGAAAAGGACAGAGUGAAGGGUUAUAAACUACAUACAAUCCCGCAUAAACAUGACCUUGGCAGCAUAUCGAGACAAGGUGAAGGAGCUUCCUCUAGUGUCACUUCUGUGCUCCUGCAUCAAUCCAAACCCUGCAGAAAACCCCACAUACAAGGCUGAAGAUGCAGUGGAUCUCAACUGGUGUGUGAUCAAAGAUAUGGAGGUCAUCGAGCUGAACAAGCGGGCCUCGGGCCAGGCGUUUGAGGUGAUUCUGAAACCCCCUUCUUUUGACGGGGUGCCUGAGUUUAACACAUCCAUGCCCCAGCGUAAGGACCCCUCACUGGAGGAGAUCCAAAAGAAACUGGAAGCAGCUGAGGAGAGGCGGAAGUUUCAGGAGGCUGAGAUGCUAAAGCAUCUUGCUGAGAAGAGGGAGCAUGAGAGAGAGGUCAUCCAGAAGGCUUUUGAGGAGAACAACAACUUCAUUAAGAAUGCUAAAGAAAAGUUGGAGCAGAAGAUGGAGGCCAUCAAAGAAAAUCGUGAGGCUUUGCUUGCUGCCAUGCUGGAGAGACUGCAGGAAAAGGAUAAACACGCAGAAGAGGUGAGGAAGAACAAAGAGCUGAAAGAGGAGGCCUGUCGGUAGAGGAGCGCCUGCUGCGCUGGACAGCUUGAUUAUAGUCAAGGGAGAGGAAACCAGUGAAGAGAAAAUAAAGCAAACGGUAGCCGAAAAAUUUAAACAAAAAAAGGACAUAUUGGACAUUGAUAAUGACAAUUUGCAACUCGCCAAGCUUUUGUGGGGAUUAACAACAUUAAAAAUACUUAAUAUUAUUAAAGUCAGGAAAAUAUUGUCUAGAUGGCAAUGCGAGGUGCACUAAGAGUAUGUUGCUUUGUAGAGCCCAGAAGCUUGCUUCAGAGAAAAAGAAUGAAUAUACCAAAACGAUCUUUUGAAAUGAAGAAGAGGACAGAAAGUAGAAUAGACGAGAUGCUUUUUUAAAACCGUCAUAACCAGUACAGAUUAAUAUGUUAACAUAAACUACUUCAGAAAGUCACCCCUCACUAAUAGAAAUAUCUGUUUACAGUAUAAACCACAAAAGCAACUUUAUCCAAAACGUCUGCCAUCUCCUGAGGCUUUGGCUCAUGCUUCAUUAAUUAUCGUUUGAUGUCAAUAUUCAGUAAUCAACAGGGUUUCAUAGAACCUCGGGCAUGCUUAUACAAUAUGCAUUAACAAGUAAUCAAGUGGCUAGAGGUACAGUAUCUAUCACAUUUCCUGCUGAGACGAUGCGAGGUAGAAAUAUGAUGAAAUGAAUGUUAGAUUAGAACGUUCUGGAUGCCUGUAAAUGUGAAAGCUCGUAUCCCUCUUACAUACAGAACAUUAAAAGUGGAGCACAGUGUCACUUUAAGCACAACUCAUAAGCACAUUUAGCUUUUUUCAUUCAUUAUAUUGGUAUAAGGAUGCUCAUCAGUAGGAAAACACAUAGUGGCAUCUCAGAAAUGACGAAUGAAAUCACUCAGGUGUGAGAAAAAGAUCCUGUUUGGAUUUGGGAAAUACUUAGAAAGUUUUAGAUGUGAAUGGUGCACUUUGCUUUGGCAUGUCACUGAGCUUUGUUCCAGUAUGUUUAUUUUACUUGUUCGAUAUGAAGACAAAGGUGUUUGAUGUUGAUGUCUGGAGCAUCAAAAAUGAGCCACUGUAUGUGCAAUGAUGAGAACUGAUGUUAAUCAAAUAGAUUUUGUGAGAAAAUGCAAUGUAAAUGCUCCCUGUGUUUGUAAUUUCCAGAUGACUUAAUUCUCUAGUUAAGUCAAAUAAAGGCUUCUCUUAACUAAAACAAA